CGCAUCUCUGUGGUUCUAUGGUUCCAUGACAUGUGGCGUUCUGUCAUUUUGUCGAUUCUUUCAUUUGAGUGCAGUGCUGCUUAAGCAUAUACAUUCAAAAUGAAGAUCGGAUUGUGUGCGUACAGUGGGUACAAAAUAUACCCAGGCCAUGGAAAAACCUUAGUUAAGGUAGAUGGUAAGUCAUUCACUUUCCUGAACUCAAAAUGUGAAAGAGCCCAUUUGAUGAGGAGAAAUCCAAGGAAGGUAACAUGGACAAUCCUCUACAGAAGGAAACACAAGAAGGGUCAGGAGGAAGAAACUACAAAAAAACGUACCAGGAGGACGCAAAAAUUCCAAAGAGCUAUUGUAGGAGCUUCUCUUAAUGAUAUUAUGGCCAAGAGAAAUCAACGGCCUGAAGUAAGAAAAGCACAGAGAGAACAAGCUAUUAGGGCUGCCAAAGAACAGAAGAAAUCACAGAAGGCAGCCAAGAAGACAACUGCUGCACCUAAGGCUAAGGCUGCACCCAAGCAGAAGGCAGCCAAAAAUGUUGCAAAAGCAGCUCCACGUGUUGGAGGAAAGCGUUAAUUUAAGUAAAUAAAAGCUUGUGUUAAAAA